UUAGAUCAAACAAAUUGAAAAUACCUAGUUUUUUUUCUCUCAAUAAAUUGAAUCAAAACCCGUUUCAAGAAACGAAAAAUAUAUAUAUAAAAAAUCAAAUCUUUGAUGGAUGAUUCUCCAAAAAAGUGGUAAAUUUUCCAUUCCCAGAAAAUCUCAAGAACCAAAAAGCAAAUGGGGCAGAAUACUGGUGCAAGUGGCAAAGGGAAGAAAGAAGCAGAAACGGAAAAGGAAACAGUGGUAGAAGAAGAAGAAGAGGAAGUUGAAGAAGGUGGAGAAGAAGCUGAACAAGAUGGAAUGUCUGUUCAUUCUCCUUGUAAACCUGCAUCUUCUGCUCUUCGUAAGGAACAAUCACAGGUGGAAUUGGAGAUAAGAUUGUUGGAGGCUCUUGAAAUCUAUCCCCCUGCCAAAUUGAGAGGCAUCCAUCGUCAUUUUGUCCUAUACGGCUUAACAGAGCAUCUGCGUAGAAGCUUCAAUAGGCAAUUUGCUCCUGAUGAUGUUUUGAAGCUGCUGGAUCGCUUCUACAACUUGGAUAUGGUGAAACCAGAGGACGAGGACUCUGAAAUCCUAAAUCAAGAGGAAGAGUUUUGCCUACCUCACAGUUAUUUCUCGAGGGACGAACCUUGAACUAAGUUGGAAUCGAUAUGGAUAUUGAACUUCUACAUAUGGCAGUUUUUGUAUAGUAGUAUCUGGGUGGUUCAAUUUUUUUUUUUUUGAUGCCAUAAGAGAUUCUGCAUCUAUUAAUCUUACUGAAAAGUUUGUAUGCAUGCUGAUAUUUCAGCUCUCCUUAUAUAUACAGUAGACAGUUGGAUCUUUUUACAAUUUUUCUCAUAGAGAUUUGAUAUAUUGUGAAGCA